GAAGGUGAMGCACGAUUAGUCGAUGGUCCAAAUCCUCUUCAAGGUCGUGUCGAAGUAUUYCACAAUGGACAGUGGGGUACUAUUUGUAACAAUAUGUGGAGUGACGAAGAUGCAACAGUAGUGUGUAAGAUGUUGGGGUACUCAGGCCUCGGUCGUGCUAUCGCGUCGUUAAACAUCACUCAAGGUGUUGUACCAAUCUGGCUUGACAACGUACAGUGCACAGGAGGAGAGAGUAACUUACUGCAAUGCCGUAAGAAUCCAUGGGGAUACCACCGAUGUUUGCAUUCUCAAGAUUCCUGGGCUGUUUGCUCAAAUGGUGYAUUUGGUGACGAAUGCAGAAGAUAUAAGGUGCUAAACAGUGCCGAUAGAGCCAAGACCUUCGCUGGACAAGCAGAUCAAUGCGACAGAAACAGUGACAUAUUCCCUGGUCAGUGGCAUCGCUUCAUGGGACUUGCCGGCAAUGUUAUGYCAUCUACUUGUGUUCCUGAGGGGAAGUGCAAUACAAAAGCUCCGGGAUGGCUGAAUGGAGAUCACCCAACGGUAGAAAAAGGAAUUGUCACAAGAAAAGUCUGUUUUAGUUUUCUCGGCGAGUGCUGUAAAUGGUCAACUUUUAUUCGAGUCAAAAAUUGUUCAGGGUUUUAUGUCUACGAGCUUCAAAAACCACCAUCUUGUAUCCUACGAUAUUGUGGCAAUGGACCAGAUACAACGCCGGUACGUUUGGUUGGCAGURACAACGAUUAUUCUGGCCGUGUGGAGGUGUACCAUAAAGAUGAGUGGGGUACUGUUUGUGACCACCAAUGGGAUCUUAAUGACGCAAAAGUCGUUUGUAGAAUGUUAGGAUUCUUAGGUGUAUURGAGGCGCAUCCAAGCGCAACAUUUGGACUGGGGUUUGGCCCACAUAUAUGGCUAAACGACGUGAGCUGCAAUGGAGAUGAAAAAGACCUUGGAUUUUGCAAACAUGCCGGAUGGGGAAAACGUGGCACUUGUGAUCAUUAUAACGACGCUGGCGUUACUUGCUUAAGUGAUAAAGAGUAUUCUUGCAACUUUGAAACUGAUCUGUGUUUGUUUAMAACCACGUCUGGCGUUAAUAAUGAACUAACAUGGAUUAGAAAACAAGCAUCUUCGCCUGCAAAGUAUUACCAGCCAAAAUAUGAUCACACUUAUGCUGAAGUUAAAAAACCAAUGUGUUUGGAAGGUUGGACAAGCAAAGUCUACAAAGGAUACUGCUACAAAUUUGAAACAGAAGAUAUGGUCACCUGGCGCCAGGCAGUAAAGAAAUGCCAAGCAAAAAAUGCUUCACUUGCAGACAUCCAAACUCAUGAAGAAUUACGUUUUAUCAGGGAUUAUAGAUUCCCAAGUGGCAUAAGGCAGUUGUUUAUUGGCCUCCACGAGAAAAAUGGAGAUGGAAUUUGGUCAUAUCUCAAUGGUAAAGUGGUAAACCUAACAGAUAUAUGGCCAAAUGGCAAAACGUCUGAUGCCGGACAAGAAGACUGCGCGUCUCUACUGUAUUAUGGUGCCGGAUUCAAUGAUGUACACUGUGACACGACUUAUAACGGAAUCUCUUACUUAUGCAAAGCAAAGUAUCAGCGCACAGGUUCAGGAUAUUAUCUUGAGAUGCCAGGAACGAACCAGCAACAACCAAUAGCAAGACUGGUUAGCCMUGUAUUUCCAACAACGUUCGCUUGUCUCUCUUUCUAUUAUCACGCAGUUCGCAAUCACGUAGACUCUAUUAGAGUUGUUUUACGUCCAGGUUCACAAAAGAACGUUAUUGUGUGGGAGCUACAGGAAAACGAAACUAAUGUCAGUAGCAACCAAAGCAGUAAAUGGAGGAAAGCUCAGAUACCCAUCAGGAUAGUGAAGGGAGAUCGGUUUUCGUUUGAAAUCCAGGCAGCAAGGACAAUAMUCACGUCAUUAGACGGAGAUAUUGCUAUUGAUGACGUCAAAAUCAACACUUCAAUAGGAAGCGAUUCGUGUGAUUUUUUUCCACCAAAUGCGAAACCAAGGAGUUGGGAAACAAGCGGUAGUUGUACCUUCACGAAUGGCACAUGCGGCUACAUCAGCGACAAGACCGACAAAGAAUACACCGAYUGGUURCAAAAYCAUCUUGCUAACCCAAGAAUUAGCAGUAUAUUAGGCUACAAGGGUCCUUACGAUCACACCACGUACUCCUUCAACAGCGGUACAUACAUGUUCAUGCAGCAUUCUUUAGCUCAAAGAAGUUUAAAAUCAGCACGUCUCAUCAGCCCACCACUAACACCAACCCAAGCAAAAUGCCUGUCCUUUUAUUUCUUUCUUACUGCUAAGACGAAAUCUUCUGAUAUCGAUUUCACUAUAUUCAUUCGAUCUGGCCAAACCUUUGUWGAAACUCCUGUUUGGGAGGUAACUAGUAAAGACGUAGAAGCUAUAGGUUAUUGGAAAAAAGGUGUUUUACCUCUACAGCAGAAACAUCCUUUUCAGGUGGUAUUUGAGGGGCUAAUAAAUGGAAACGGUGUAGUGGGCCUUGAUGAUAUCUUGAUAUCGUCAUCAGCUAAGUGCACCCUGRCACCGAGCAAUGCCUCUCCUUCGACUUAUGAGACAAGUGGUGUUAUUAGGUUAGCUUCUUCUUCUACAAAUGGAACAGGAAGAGUCGAGGUUUAUCACCGUGGACGUUGGGGCACGGUUUGUGGAAAUGAAUGGACACUUAACAAUGCCCAGGUGGUAUGUCGUCAGUUAGGUUAUAAAGGUGCUCUCGAUGCUCACUGUUGUGGCCUGUAUGGUAGAGGAACUGGUCCUGUAUGGCUAAGUGAUGUUAGAUGCACUGGAAAAGAGGCUUCACUUGCAACAUGUACUCAUAAAGGUUGGGGAAAUAACAAGUGUUUUCACGAUCAAGAUGCUGCCGUAGUCUGUAAAAGUCUCGCAACCCAAGAAUUACAAUUGCGUCUAAGUGGAUCACAGGAUGCCCAUCGAGGUCGGGUCGAAGUGCUUUACGCUGGUAUCUGGGGAACUAUAGAUUCAACUGGCUGGGAUAUCUUUGAUGCGACUGUAGUUUGUCGACAGCUAAGGUUUGCAGGAGCCGUAGCAGCGUUCACUGGGAACGCCUUCGGACAGGGAAAAGGACCAAUAUGGUUAUCUGAUGCAAAAUGUUUUGGAAAUGAAACCAAACUCUCUCAGUGCGGCUACAAGCGUAAUACAGGCAAGCUCCUCUCUUUUGGGAAUCACGCRAAUGAUGCUGGCGUUGAUUGCUUUGGUGGUCGACUAAUUGGCGGUAAAAGUUCUAAUGAAGGUCGUGUUCAAAUCCAGUACAAAGGCAAAUGGGGAGCAAUAUGUGGCAAAGAAUGGAAUAUGAAUGCUGCUCACGUGAUAUGCCGUAACCUUGGUUACCUUGGAGCAAAGUCUACCUCCUUAGUUGCCAAAGGCAGUGAUGUUGUAGUGCUUGAUGAAGUGAAAUGUCAAGGAGAUGAAUCAUCAAUAAUGUUUUGUCUUCACCGUGGGCUGAACUUUCACAGGUGUGAUAGUUCCAAAGUCGUUGUCGUGGAGUGUAAAAAAGGCGAAGACCAGCGAGUAAGUAGCUCUUGCCAACUGAGACCKUGCAGCAACAAUGGAAAAUGCGUCGAGAAGGAAGAUAACUUUAGUUGUAUAUGCCCUCGAAAUUUUACGAGCAAGAAUUGCCAAACUUAUAUCGGUAAGUACUUUUCCUACCUCCUUAAUCCAAUUCAAUCUUUGAACUUUCACCUAACAUGAGAGCUUAAAACUCCGAUUGUGAUUGUCCCACGCUGCGAUAUAACAUCCCAWGCUGUUAGAGCUAAAGGUAGCGAGGAAAAUGUAAAAACUUCUUUAAGUGCUCGGGGGAAAAAAUUGUAUGCAUAUAUCCUAAUUUGCCGUCAUUAAAAAGGCGCUCCAUGCAAGGCUGAUAAUAUUAUAAGUCAGGUGAAAGAACUUUAGAAAAGUUAU